CUCCCUUUUUCUUCCUCCUCCUCCUCCGUCCCUCCUCCCCCCUCCCUCUUCCCUUUUCCCUCCUCCUCCUUUUCCCUUCUCCACCCCACCUCCCUCCCGUCCGGCCAUUGAUGGCGCGCCCCGCCGGGCGCCUGGAGACGGCCGCUGCGCCCGCGCUGCUGGCGGCGCUGCCUGCGCUGGCGCUGCUGGCGGCGUUGCCGGUCCUCCUCUGCGGCUGCGGUGGACCGUCGAGCCCAGCGCCCACCCCGGCGCCACCGCAGUGCGUGCCGCCCACGCCCGCGCCGACCACGGACGCCCGGACGAAGGUUGAGACGAUCACGACCGUUCUGGUCGGUUCGGGCGGGUGCGACGGGCAGGACGCGGCCUGCAAGGACAACAAGACCCUGGAGGCCAUGGUCGUGUCGCUCGGGGUGGACGGCGAGGGCGCGCUGGUGAGCCAGCAGCGGUGCUGGACCGUGCCCGGGCUGCCCGCGUGGCUCGCCGUGCGGGGGCCCGCGGGCGGCGCCCGGGGCUGCCUGUUCGCGGUCUACCCGGACACCAGUUCCAUCGGCAUAUUCCAGCUCGAACUGGAUAGUCUGAACGGCGGCACCACCGCGAAGAUGGUUAGCUCAGUGGCUACGAAGGGCGUGAAUCCAGUCUUCGGUGACGUGGCCCUGGAGGGGAAGUACCUGGUCGUCGCAGACUACCACGGGCCGGACGACGUGAAGUCCAGCGAUGGGGCCGGAGUGGAGUCUUUCGCCAUCUCUGCGGACUGCGGCCUGAAGUUCGUCGACUUCAGGGAGCACAGCGGCGGAUCGGGGAAGGUCCCCGACCGCCAGGCCGGCGCCCACCCGCACUCGGCGGUGGCCUGGGGCCCCGACCUGGUCUUCGUGUGCGACCUCGGAGCGGACAAGAUCUUCUCCUACCGAGUCGAAGCCAAUGGGAGCCUCAGCGUGCUCUCCAGCGUGGACACCGCCGCGGGCUUCGGGCCGCGCCACUCCGUGCCGCACCCCACGAAGCCGAUGCUGUUCGUGGUGGGCGAGAUGGGAUGCGAGGUCCUCACCUACAACAUCGACGAGACCACUGGCACUCUGACGCUCGCGUCCAGCGUGUCCACGAAGCCGAACACCGACCCGCCCUCAUACGGCAGCAAGGCCGCGGAGGUGGUCAUCUCGCCAGAUGGGCUGCACGUCUACGCCAGCAACCGCGCCUUCUCACCCGGCUUCCGCCACACCGUGGCCGUCUUCCGGCUCAUGGACGGCGGCGUGUUGGAACCGAUACAGCAGAUGGAUUGCCCCUCGUUCCCCCGCGGCAUGGCCAUGACCCCGGACGGGAAGGCGCUACUGGUCGCGAGCCAGACCGACGGCAGCGUGGUCUCCUAUCAGGUGGACCCCGAGACCGGUCUCCUGGGCGAGGUCAUCUCCACCCAGGAGGGCCCCCUGGGCGCCGCGGCCUUCGCGGUCUUGCCGGAGCUCCCCGCGGCCCCGUCCGAGCUCUCCGUCUAGGCGCCAGCGCGCCGAAGAGCGCGCAAGCCGCAACUUGGAUCCAGGCUGCCCGCCGCCGGCGCCUGGCGUCUGAAGAGCCGCGGGCGCGACAGCGUGCGAGACUGCACGGGCCAACAAGCGCGCGCGCAUCGCCGGGAGUACCGCUCAGAC